GCCGUGGACCGGCGCAAGGCGUAGGUGAAGGUCUACCCGCCCAAGAAGUUUCCAAGCGUUCCCUCUCCUCUCAUGCUUGCUUGACGUGGAGUGGUUGGGUCACACGCACCUCACCGCCCUCUCCCCACUCCACCGCCAAGAGAACACGCACAAAAAAGGCAGUAGAUGAGCGGCGGCAAGCCGGCAGCGAGCGGAUCGUUGAUGACCCAAGAUUUUUAACUAAACCACGAGCAUCGCAGGCGCAGCAACGAGCCGUAGCUUUCCAUACAUGUCAUCGGCUGUGCUGUGUCCUUCCUUGUUUAUCCCCCCACACCCCCAGCAAUAACUUCCUGCUGCUGACACUGGCCUGGGAAGUGGGAUUCUGAUGCCAAUUUAAUUCGCCAGCCAGGUAGACAGAUCACAGACCUGAAUUGCCACACCUACCCGGCCGGCGCCCGCCCGCCGCCCCAAUCAUACGGUAGAGCGAGGGAGGGAAGUAGAUGUAGCGGAUGCCAUCUCCAUCUCCCUUCUUCUCUCAGUCCGGAUCGUAGCUUGACGGAGCGUAGCGGGCAGGGCAGCGGCCUCUAUGUCGUCGUCGGUCCGGCACGGCUCCUCGAGGGGCCAGGCAUGGUUCUGCACCACGGGGCUGCCCAGCGACGUCGUCUUCGAGGUGGACGACAUGACCUUCCACCUCCACAAGUUUCCGCUCAUGUCCAAGAGCCGCAAGAUCCACCGCAUACUCAGCGAGCAGGAGGAGCAGCGUCCGCGGCGGCGACGGAGACAGAUGAGGAGUAGCAGUGACGGAGGCGGCGACGGUGCUGCAGAGAUAGAGAUCGAGGAAGCAGAGGAGGAAGAGGAAGCCGAGCCCGAGCAGGAGCAGGUUAGGACGGGAGAGGGCGACGGCCAGCCGUACAGCAUUGCGUUCCCGGACUUCCCGGGCGGGCCGGGCACGUUCGAGGCGGCGGCCAAGUUCUGCUACGGCGUCCGCGUCGAGCUCACCGCCUGGAACGUGGCGCCACUGCGGUGCGCGGCCGAGUACCUCGAGAUGACAGAGGACCACGCCGAGGACAACCUCGCCGCGCGCGCAGAGGCGUACCUGGAGCAGACCGUGCUGAGGCAUCCCGGCGACGCCACCAAGGCGCUCAAGUCCUGCGAGGAGCUGCUGCCGCUCGCCGAGGAGCUCGGCAUUGUCUCCCGCUGCGUGGACGCCAUCGCCGCGCGCUCGUCGGCCGCGUCGCGGUCCUGGUUCGACGACCUGGCCGUGCUCGGCCUGCGCAUGUACAAGCGGAUGAUGGCGGCCAUGGCCGCGCGCGACGACGUCAGGGCGGAGGCCAGGGAGAGCUGCCUGGUGUCCUACGCCAGGGGCACCAUCCCGGGGCUGUCCAGGUCCAUGCGGCGGCGCCUCGCCUCCGCGCCGCUAUCGUCUGAGGUGGAGCAGAAGGAGCUCCUCGAGGCAGUGGUCGCCAGCCUCCCCGCCGACACUUGCUCGGGGCGCGUGGUCACCGCCAAGUUUCUAUUUGCGCUGCUGCGGACGGCGCAAAUUCUGCACGCGUCAGACGCGGCGCGCGCGGCGCUUGAGCGGAAGGCCGCCACGCAGCUGCAGCAGGCCACAUUGGAGGACGUGCUCAUCCUAAGCUACUCGAGCGCCGCGGAGACGCUCUACGACGUGGACUGCGUCCAACGCAUCGUCAGGUAUUUCCUCGCGGAGGAGGAGCUCGGUGGCGGCGAGGCAUCGUCUUCGGCUGCGAUCGAGGAGGAGGAAGCGGUGGCCGCCGAGGUGGUGGCGCGCCCGUCGGCCAUGGUCAUGGUGCAGGUGGGCAAGCUGGUGGACAGUUACCUUGCCGAGGUCGCUUCAGACGCCAACCUGAAGCCCGCCAAGUUCUGCGAGCUCGCGCUUUCGUUGCCCGACCAUGCCCGUAUCUACGACGAUGGCGUCUACCGCGCCGUCGACAUCUACCUCAAGGCACACCCACGGCUAACGGCGGAGGAGCGGGACAGGGUGGUGGGGGUGGUGGACUGCCGGAAGCUGACGGUGGAGGCGUGCACGCACGCGGCGCAGAACGAGCGGCUCCCGCUGCGGGCGGUGCUGCAGGUGCUCUUCUUCGAGCAGCUGCAGCUCCGGCGCGCCAUCACGGGCACGCUCUUGGCGUCCUCCGCCGGCGGCCCCCCGCGUGCAAGCACCAGCGAGGCGGUGGCGUGGCGUGGGGCGACGGCGCUGGCGCAGGAGAGCCAGGUGCUGCGGCUAGACAUGGACAGCGUGGCGAGCCGGGUGCAGGAGCUGGAGCGCGAGUGCUCCAGCAUGCGCAGGGCCAUCAAGAAGAUCGACGGGCGCGGCGGCACCCGGUCGCCUGGCGGUCGCAGCGCGGACGGCGGCGGGGACGGGUCCAGGCCCGCGGCGGGUGGGUGGAGGGCGCGACACGGGUGCAAGUUCAGCACGCAGGUGUGCGACUCGCACGCGCGCAACGUGGUGGCGUCCAGGGCGUCCAGGAUGGGGAUGAGCCCGUAGUCCUGUACGUGCAGUGCAGUGCAGCCGCGUCCUCUGGCGCUCGGUUCAGACAUGGGAAUUUCUCACGCGAUCGCGAGAGAAUCGAACGGAGAUCAGGUGUGGACGAGAAUGGCUGAGAAGCUCCAGAUCGUUUACCGCUCCAAAGUCAUCUCAUCCUCUACGUUUUCAUCUCUGGUUCGUGGACGUGAGAUCCGUGUGCGUUGAGCGUUGUCUUGUCUGUACCCGAGGGCUGUAUGUAAUGUGCUAGCAAGCCGGUUCCGUUCAGGCUGUUUCUAACUAGUCGAUUGCGCCGUGCAUAUCCGAUUGGAUUGCCCAGUAGUGCUUCGUUUGCCAAUUGCCAUGGCCCAUGGA